CGAGGAGUAAGCGUUGUUGUUUGGUGAGAGACUUUGAGAGAGAAAGGCAACGGAGGAUAAGAGGAAAGGGAAAUCAUCUGUGAGCGUGAAGACAGCUGCAGCAGGAACAUGCUGCUGACUAUACUGGCUGUGUUUGGAGGGGCAGUCGCUGUCCUGUAUGCCCUGUUUUACUGGCUCAUCCCUGCAGCAGUGCAGCGCAAUGCUCGUCUGGCCCUGCUGUGGCACGACGUUUUCGUGGAGCGCUUUCUCAACUCUCUCACCGGUUCCAGCCGACCUCAGCGUUUGCUGAAAGCGGUGCAGAGGAAUGCCGCCAAAGGAGAUCCCCAGUCCGUCAUCUCAGCCAUAGACUACUUCUGCAGACACAGCGAAUGGGCAAUGAACGUGGGUGAUGAAAAAGGAUCUAUAUUGGACUCUGUGGUGAGUGAAGUUAGCCCAACGACGGCCCUGGAGCUUGGCACAUACUGCGGGUAUUCCACCGUCCGCAUUGCCCGCCUGCUGCCACCUGGGGCCUCCCUCAUAACCUUGGAAUUCAACCCAGACUACGCUGCUGUGGCACGUCAGGUUAUUGCACACUCAGGGCUUCAAGACAAGAUCCAUCUAGUGGAAGGACCAUCUGGAGAUUCAAUCCCCAAACUAAAAGAACGGUUUGGAAUCACAAGCUUAGACUUUGUGUUUCUGGACCACUGGAAAGAUCGCUAUGUACCCGACACCAAACUGCUAGAGGAGUGCGGACUGCUCAGAAAAGGCUCUGUCCUGCUAGCAGACAACGUGAUUUGUCCUGGGGCCCCCGAGUACCUGGACUAUGUUCGAAACAACCCCCGGUACGAGAGCAGGUACUUCCAAUCGCACCUAGAGUACACAAACGUGGAAGACGGCCUGGAGAAAUCUGUCUUUUUAGGAUAAAGAGACGUAACCUCUUACACAUUUUUCUGAAAAACUGAACAUGGUUCUCUUUUUACUCAUGAUAACUUGCCGUUUAGGUAUAUUGAGGGAAUUAGUGACAAAUUCUGAUGCCAAACGGAGAACAGUCUGUUAACCUGAGCUCUGUCAAUCUAAUAAUUACUUACAAUGUGUAAUAAACUCUUAAUGUCUUGGUUUUAUUAAAAUUACAAAUAAAUUGUU